AUGUUAACAAUGACUUCAGAUGACAAGGGAACAUAUUAUAUAAAAACUCAACAGGAGAUUGAGGUGGUGAAAAAACAACUGCAAAAGCUAAAACCCAACUGUAUUUCUAAUUAAAUAACGAAUAGCUUAGACAUCAUCAUUCCUCCAACAUUAAUAUAACUAAUUAAAUGAGUAGUUGAAAACUCUUGAAGACAAAUUGUCAAAUGUCAAUUCAGCGUUUUAUGAUCAACUAAUAAGCAAUUUUGAUAACACUGUCCAAAAAUUACCAAAUGUUAAUGAUAGUAUGCUAUGAAUAAAUUAGGAAAUCUCUAACCGCAAUUCUAUUCAAACUCACAAAACAUCAUGUACCAACAACAAGUCCAACUACCCUUUAUUGAUCAAUUUCUCAAUGUACGAACACUCCCAUAAGUGAGGUAUAAUACUUAUCUAAAUUAAGUGUGGAACCGCUGGGCAAAUCAACACUCAAACCAAAAGGAUUACAUACUGUAAAAAGUGCUAUUUAAUGUAAGUAAAUAUUUAGAGAUGAUUUAAUUUAGUCAGCAGAAAGUUUUAAUCAAAAAAACAGUCCUAACAAUAAUUGACUAAAGUGGAUGAUCUGACUCUAUAUAAGAAGGGUAUCACAGAACUCGUAAAUCAAGGAACCAUCAAAAAGCAAGACAUCAAUACUUUGUUAAAUCCAAACAACGUGGCCUUUAGAAAUCAAUAAGCAAAGUAUCCCCCAUUCAUCAUAUCAUCUAGUUUCUUUGAUUACACUGACCAAUUUGGAAACAAGAUUGUUCAACUCGAAAGUCAAUCCUUUUAGAAUAAUUUCAAAACUGAUUUGAAACAGGAUGUCACUGGAACCAACACAUAAAGUGUUGGAUAGAUUUAGGUUCAAGAUAAUAGUAAGGCCACUUAUAAUUAAAAGAAAAUGAGUUUACAAAGUAAAUCAAAACCAAAAUAUGUUGAUGCUAAGGAGGCUACUUCCUUAUCAAAAGAGCAUGAGAGACCCAUUUCAGAAUAAUUGCAAAAUUUAAGCACUCAAUAGGAAUAUAUGAUUCACGUCAAAAAUGGAUUACUAUAAACAGAUCAAUUAUAAUAUGUUCAAUUUUAAAAUAGAUAUUAUGAGAAUUGGAGUAAGAUAGAACCAAUUUUGAUAAGUUUACAAAAGAUUGCAUAAUCAACUUCAGUUUAGGAUUGUAGAAUACUUGGUUCUAAGGUCUAAAAAUUAUCAUAAGAGUUUGACAGAAGUCAAGUAUUUACCAUGGCUGAGUUGCUUUAAUGUUUUGAGAAUUGGGAAGAUCUAUAAAAAAUAUUGAAGGUUCCUACAUUAUUGUAUAAAUCAAAAGAUGGUUAAGUUUAGGCAGCUACAAAAAUAUCUGCUUUGUUUAAAGGAUAUCAAGCAAGAAAAAAUUAUUAGAGAUUGAAAAUAAUGGUGGAAAAAGUGAUUAUAAUUCAAAGAUCAAUGAGAGUAUCAUUAUUCAGAAAAAAAGUAUAAAAGCAAAUCAUAAAAAAUAAUAAUUAUAUGUUGGAAAGAUUCAAAAAUAGACAGAAUGUAUUUAAGGAAGAAUGGCCAUUUAUCAAAUUAUAAUAAAGAUUUGAAAUUCAUUUAAACUCGUUUUCAUUUGAAGAAAUCAAAAGACUAUCCAUGGACAAAUUUCCUUAGAGAUAGAAUACAUAAAUAACUAGGAUAUUCAAUUUAAAAGAUCCUCUCGUGCAUAUAAUAUAUGUAGCUCCAUAUGACUUACCUAGUGAAUUAAUUGAUUACUUUUAUAAAAUUCUAAAUCUUGGAGAUAUUUCAGAUUGUAAAAAUCGAUUGCACUUUGUUUGGCCAGUAUGAAUAUCUUAUAAUCAUAGGAAAAUUACAAUAUUUUCAAUAAUCAUAUGGGAUUGUCUCAGCUACUGUAUUAUUCCCCAAGGGCUCUAAAGAGAAUCAAAUCUUUAAUAAGAGGAUAAGCAUCGUAUAUUGUACCUGGCGUUUGUUCGAAUGAUGAUAUAAAGAUUUCUGAUAUUCUGAAUGUCCCAAUAUUUUCAGGGAUUCCACAAUUGCAUCAAUAUUAUUCAACAAAAUCAGGAUGCAAGGUAUUGUUUGAUGAAUUGCAAAUGCCUCAACCACCAACCAUUCGUAAUAUUUACGAUGAAAAGGAAUUAAUUAAUUCAUUGUCAGUAUUGAUAAUAAAAAAUCCAUCUAUAAACACUUGGAUUAUUAAGGUGGAUGAUGAAUCUUCAGGAAGAGGCAUAGCGUGGUUAGAGGUCUAGAAAAUGAUCAAAAACAUACAACCAUUGGAAAUCAAUUAGUUAGCAUAAUUAUUAACAAAGAAGAUCAAGAAGAAGCUUCAUUAUGCAUUUCCUCAUUUAUAUGGUGGAUAUCAUGAAUUCAUAAUGAGUAUAGCAAAUCGAGGAGGAAUCAUAGAAGGAUCACCUUUAAGUAGAUUGUCUUAAAUACAUUCAAUUUCAUACAACUUUAAAGUGGAACCUACAGGAGAAAUCUCUAUUCUAGGAUCAUAUGAAAAGAUUAAAACUAAUGAAAUUUAAACUAUUGCUUCUCUCAGUCCUUAGAGUUUUUUGAAAAUAAAUCAAGAAGUUUUGUGUCAUUAAAUUGCUUAGAAACUGUAUGGCAAGGGACUAAUUGGAUAUUUUACAAUAGACACAAUCGGAUAUUAAUUAGAAAAUAACAAAUAGGGAUUUUAAGUAAUUGGGUUGGAUUGCUUCUUAAAUUAAUAUAGUAGUGCUUCUAUUUAUUUUGAUUUUCUAAUGAGAGGCAGAUUGGAUGUUUCUACAGGUAGUUAUUAUGUGGAAGAUACCAACAGAUAAAACAACGUUAGAUACUCAAUUUAUUGUCCAACGAUAAUGAAUGAAGGAUUGGAUGUAUUAUAAUAUAAGACAUUCUUUCAAUUAUGUAGAUUGGAAUCUAUCUCUUUCAAUUUAGAAAAAAAGAUUGGAUCUACUUUCAUUUUGGUAGAUUCAUUAUAAAGUGGUGUGAUCAGCCUAAUGACAGUAGGAAUCAACUCUCCUUAAGUAAUUAAAUACAUGAUCGAUGCUAUUGGAUUUAUUUAGAAGAAUGUUGGAAGAGGCACUGAAUAAAUCUAGAUUAAUACCAGGUAAUGAUCAAUAAAGAUUAAAUUAGAACUGACAAAGUCAAUAUGAUGUCCAUUCAUUAGAAACUCAAGACUAUGCUGAAGAAAUUGGAAGGAAGUGAAUACAAAAUUCAAAAUAGCUAAUAUUUAUGA